AGUAUCGGAACGCAUGCUGUAAAAACAUGGCGGCGGCAAUUGUUAGUUCGGCUCGUCAGGUGGGGAGGCUAACAAAUGCUGCCAGAAGACUUUAUUCAGACCAAUUCCCGAAAAUAACAACACAUUAUACGAUACACCCUAGAGAUAAGGACCCAAGAUGGAAAGAUAUAAACAUGGAGCGUAUGGCAGAGGAGACAGACAUCCUGAUCAUUGGUGGUGGUCCAGCGGGCAUGGCUGCGGCCAUCAGAGCUCGGCAGAUUGCAGAGGAGAAGGGAGCUGAAGUACGAGUAACUUUACUAGAGAAAGCCGCCGAGGCCGGAGGCCACAUACUCUCAGGGGCCUGCGUGGAUCCCAUCGCGCUGAACGAGCUCAUACCCGACUGGAAGGAGAAGGGGGCUCCCAUGGACACGGUGGUCAAUGCUGACAAGUUCGGUUACCUAACCAAGAGCGGGAGAAUCCCUAUCCCUGUUUUACCAGGUAUGCCUAUUUACAACCACGGCUACUACGUGGUCCGGUUGGGGCACCUGGUCAGAUGGAUGUCGGAACAGGCUGAAGCGGCCGGCGCCGAGGUAUGGCCGGGCUGCGCAGGCGCAGAGCUCCUGUACCGCGACGACGGUUCCCUAAAGGGCGUGGCGACCGGCGACGUGGGCAUCGCCAAGGACGGCAGCCCCAAGGACAUGUUCGAACGCGGCAUGGAGUUCCAUUCCAAGAUCACCAUCUUUACUGAAGGUUGUCACGGACAUUUAACAAAGAUGGUAUCCAACAAGUACAAUUUGAGAGAGAAAAGUGAACCACAGUCGUAUGGUAUCGGUCUGAAGGAGCUAUGGGAAGUCAAACCCGAGAACCACAAACCCGGGCUAGUCGAGCACACAAUCGGUUGGCCAUUAGACAAGAACACAUACGGUGGUUCCUUCAUCUACCACUUGCAAGUGCCGGAGGGCGAGGCCCCCUUAGUGGCGACGGGCUUCGUCAUAGGACUGGACUACGCUAAUCCUUACCUGAGUCCGUUUAAGGAGUUCCAGCGAUUCAAGUUGCAUCCUUAUGUGAAGCCUCUGUUCGAAGGCGGAUCUCGGAUAGCGUACGGCGCUCGCGCGCUGGUGGAGGGCGGCUGGCAGUGCAUGCCCAUUCCAGUGUUCCCCGGCGGCUGCCUGGCCGGCGACACGGCCGGCUACCUCAACAUGCCCCGCAUCAAGGGCACGCACAACGCCAUGAAGAGCGGCAUGUUGGCAGCCGAGGCCGCGAUGGAUCUCAUAAUAUCGGGCGAGGCCACUCACGAUAAAGGCGUCGUACCCUCUGCAUACGAAGACAAGCUUAAGCAGUCCUUCGUUUACAAGGAGUUGAAGCAAGUCCGCAACGUGCGGCCGUCCUUCCACACUAAGUUGGGGUUGUGGGGCGGUCUGGCGUACGGGGGCUUCUCCGUGAUCUCGCGCGGAGCCGAACCCUGGACCUUCAGCCAUGGAGGAGCGGACCAUGCGAAACUAAAGCCGGCGAAGGAAUGCCAGCCCAUAGAAUACCCGAAGCCCGAUGGAGUCAUCACGUUCGACUUACUCUCGUCCGUCGCGUUGACAGGCACUAACCACGAGGGUGACCAGCCGCCACACUUGACGCUGAAGGACGACUCGGUGCCCGUCAAGAACAACCUCGGCAUUUACGACGGGCCCGAGGCCCGGUUCUGUCCCGCAGGUGUAUAUGAAUAUGUACCAAUGGAAACUGGAGACGGACAGAGACUACAGAUAAAUGCACAAAACUGCAUACAUUGCAAGACGUGCGACAUCAAGGACCCGUCGCAGAACAUCAACUGGGUGGUGCCGGAGGGCGGCGGCGGACCCGCGUACAACGGCAUGUAAAACAAUACGGACAAACUAUACCCUUAAAACCCCUUCUACACGACACAAUCUGAUUGCCAAUCAGCGGUGGUAUCACGGUCGCAUUUUUAUCACUUGUCAUGUCAUGCGUCACUUUCGCACUUACAUAGAGUUAUAUUUUAAACGCCACACUUCUAUGAAAUUAUGACGUUAAAUAACACUUACACUACGUAUGCUAUCAAAAUCGCUGCAGACUUUUCUUGGUCUAACUCUACCUGUUAGAACGUGACAAGCAUGAUGGCAGAUGAUUAAAAACCGACCAUCUUAGCCCUUCAGAACGGUCAAUAGAAUUACAAAUAAUCUUAACUUUAUAAAAUCAAUUUCGACCACUUCGAAACGAAAAAAUAUGAUUACCAAUGAAAAUUGGCCUAUUGUGGUCUGUACCACUUUGUGAUCAAUCAAACCUAAUAGGUAUUAGCCGUACAUGUGCUAAUAAUGUUGUCCGGUACGUCAAAUAAUGUGAGCGUACUCAAGAGCAAUGAAAUCUGGUAGCUUUGUUUAAUUUUUGUUUGUAUAAAGUGAGCCUUUUUCAAUCUUCUUAAAAGUGUAUAUAUCUGUAUGUACAAUGGAAUCUUUUACAUAUGACUAAUUAAUUCCGUUUACAUGUAAAUAAACUCUGCUGUGUUCAGAAGUAAUCAGUAUUGAGAUCUCAUUCAAUUGUUUACUUUUAUAACACCUUGUUUUGACAUAAAAAAAAUAUUUAACUAGAUCACGUGGUUAUCUCAUGCGCCGCAUCCAGAGACCGCGCCAGUGUGAUAACCGUUUCAUAUACCAUUUAAUCGGGACCGAAAUAAUAACUGUGUAUUGCUGUUUGUACUGUACUUACUGCACAGUUUUAAAGCUUAACACAUUCAUUGCCACCCAGCCAAACAAGACAUCCGCGCCAGGCCACAAUUUCGUCAUAUCGUGGUACUACUGCCACGAACCCGACUAUCGUCGUCCGGUCUGGGAACGAAAUCAUGAAAAAACCCGAUAGUCGGGUUUUGGGCACUGAAUGUUUUAACUAUGCCGUUGUUGGUUAUUGCACCUUAACCUUACCCAACUUAAGAUACAAAAUGAUGAUUACACCAAAUGAAAUUGUAACUGUUAUUUUCCUUAAAUCAUGGAAUAUGUCGUCGGUGCUUAUAUAUUUACGUGUGUUUGCGACGUGAAUGAAAUGUGUAUCGAAUGGCAACUAAUAAGCAACUACAUAAACUGAAGAAUCUGUCAAAAAUAGUAGUGUGUAGACUUCCAAUCCCAAUGUACCUUAUAUUUUGACUGUUACUUCCUAACCUAGAAUGGAUACUAGUGGGUUACUAAACGGUUACAUUUAGGGUGGUAUUCCAACUGUUCAAUAUAUUGGUC